AUGGCCUCAGAGAAGAAACUCUCAAAUCCGAUGAGGGAGAUCAAGGUUCAGAAGCUCAUACUCAACAUCUCCGUCGGCGAAAGUGGUGACCGUCUGACCAGAGCUGCUAAGGUGUUGGAGCAACUAAGUGGGCAGACACCCGUUUUCUCCAAAGCAAGAGGUGACAAGGCAAUGCAACUCCUUGAAAGCGGCUUGAAGGUGAAGGAAUACGAGUUACUGAGAAGAAACUUUAGCGAGACUGGAUGUUUUGGUUUUGGCAUUCAGGAGCACAUUGAUAUCGGCAUAAAAAGGCCCGGUUAUCGUGUGGGUCGUCGCCGUAGGUGCAAGUCGCGAGUCGGGAUCCAGCACAGGGUUACAAAGGAGGAUGCCAUGAAGUGGUUCCAGGUGAAAUACGAAGGUGUCAUUCUUAACAAGGCAUCCAAUAUUGGAGCUUAG